GUCCCUCCUCUUCCUCCUCCCUUUGGUGUCCUCCAUCAUGGCUGCUGCUGAACCUGCUGGCUGCAAAAUCCGCAUCACUGACAAAGGACUGGAGAUGUUAUCUUGCCCAAGGACACUUCGAUCAUGAGUAGCUGGGGAUCGAGCCACCGACCUUCUGGUUAGUGGACAACCCGCUCUACCUGCUGAGCCACAGCCGCCACAAGCAGAGAAGUAGAAAUUAGAGCAGAUUGUGGAGGACUUGCCGGUGCACAAGACUCACAGUCACGUUCAAACAGAGUAAGGGUUAGGACCAGUACCACAGCUGAGGACUGGAACAGAGAUCCACUGGUGAAUCCAGAGCUUCACUUUCAGGAUCAGCUCCCUCUGAACCACCACAGCCUGUUACAGAGUCCACAUCACUGCUGACUCUGCAUCACUCCACCUGUUGAUCUGACUUCCAUCUGACCCUCACUGGUGAACCAGACCCUAAGAUACCUGAACUCUAUCAACUGGAGCAGUUACUCCCUUCCAACCUUAAGGGAAAAAUCCACCGGUUUCCAGCAGAGUACCAGGAGCUCAGACUGGGAGAUGACUGUUAACUGUCCUAGUGCUCACUGCAGCCCCCAGUCUGAUGAAACCAACAGAACCAUUUGAUCUGAAAAUAGCAAAGAUACAAUCCUGAGGUCACUAUACUGACACUCCACACCUGAACUGCACCUUCAGAUCCUGUUCAUAAAAACAACAAACUGAAUCUGUCAAAGGAACAAUCCUGGUGGAGUCCAACACCCACUGAGAACUUGUUUGACUACCUGUUGAGAUGACAGACUCAGCUCUCACUUUGGUUAUACAAGGACUGAAGGAUUCAUAGUAACGGCCCUGGUACCCCAGACUCCCACAUUACCCCCCACAUAAUAUCUAGGGAACAAAACACAUGUAGAGUGGAUGGACAAAUUCCCAUGACACCUCCACAGUCCUCACAACAAUAAACAGCUGGUCCUCUGAUCCAGGACAGAAUACACAUUAGUCCUGAAUCAGAGAUUCAACAGUCAUCCAGAGUCUCAUUUCAGCAGCCUGACAUUAGCCUUCUCAGGAAGGCUGAGCAGUGUGAGAUCCUAAUAGAUGGAGCCCAGUCUCUGGUCAUUUUUAAAAAUAGGUACCACCAUCCUGAUCUGCUAGUCCAUAGGUACUGUCCCUGACUUCAUUAACCAAGGAGUCAACCAAGACAGUUCAGCAAUGUCCAGAGCUUUCAGCAUCUUAGGGUGAAUCUGAUCUACACUUAGUACCAAUGGUAUAGGUAAGGCUAUUCCUGAGUCUUCCAACUCUGUCUGUUCUAUGGAGGAUGUGUCAGUCAGGUUCAGGAGGUUCAUCGAAGUGCACUUUCCAUCAACUGACAAUAUCCUCAGUCAGGUUCAGCAGUUCUUCUUCUUGGUGAAAACAGACUUGGCUAAGCCCUGCUUCCCUUUCCUGAAGGGGUCUGAUGGUUUUCCAGAACGUCCUUGAGGUUGACUGAAAGUCCUCCUCCAUGGCCUCCACAAACGCAUCCAACACUUGGGUGUUUGCUUCUUCCCUCUGAUCUCCUGACCAACCAGCCCUUGAAAGGCCUCCUUCGACACUGGUGUCCACCAGCAGGUUCUCAGGUUGUGUGCCACAAUAAGCACCAAUAAUCUUUUGACCACAACCCUGAGCAGCCACUUAUAUUUAUAGUUUUUGAAGUACUCAGUAAUAACAUGAAGUUUGAGACUCAGAAGUUUGUUGAAGAGGAGCUCAGUAACAUCAGUAUGCCAGAGAUUGAGAGAAAAGAUGGACGCUUCCAAUACACCAUCACUGAUGUGAAGAUUACAGAGUUGAAUCUGACUCACGCAGACCUGCAAUUCAUCCCCGAAGUUGGCUUGUUGUUCGAUGUUCAGAACUCUUCAAUCUCACUGAGUUUCAACCGAAGGAUCCUUUAUUGGUUUUUUUACGACACAGGAAACAUCAAUGCUUCAGCUGAAGGAGUGGACAUCAACACAGCUCUGCAUCUGAUCAAAGAUGAUGAAGGACGCCUGAAGAUCAAUAAUAUCACUUGUGAUGCCAAAAUUUCCAAAAUGAGAGCAAAUUUUAGCGGAACGCUCGGGAGAGUUUACGACUUUUUGGCCAACUUUCUGACAACAGGCAUGCACUUCCUCCUUAACCAAAAGAUCUGUCCAGCUCUGAAUCACGCUGCUCUGGUUCAUGUGAACUCGAUGUUGGAGACAAUACCAGUAAGGACGGAGGUUGAUCAAUUUAUUGGAAUUGAUUAUUCUCUGAUUGAUGAUCCAGUGGUGACGUCCAGGAGCCUCGACAUGCACUUCAGGGGGAUGUUUUUUGACCUGUCUCAUCAGAACGACACAUUGGUGAACUACGCUGUCGACCCCAUCAUCAGAGAGUAUGACAGGAUGGUUUACCUUGCUUUGUCCGAAUUCUUCUUCGACAGUGGAAUGUUCUCGUACUACAGAGCAGGAAUCUUCCAAAUGCACAUCGUCAAUGAGAAGAUGUCCAAAGAUCUGGAAAUGUUGUUGAGAACCACCUACUUUGGAGCCAUCAUGAUGCUGAACCCGGCUCUGGUGGACGCUCCACUCUCACUUCAGUUUGCCGUCAAUUCACCUCCAAAAACUUCCAUCAAGACAUCUGGAGCGACAGUUGUCAUGACGGCCAUUGUCAAGGUGAUGGUGCUGCCUCCAGGUCAGCCUCCGGUCCAGCUCAGCAGCAUGACCAUGGAAGCAAAGUUUAAUGCCAAAGUUUCUAUGAAAGGAAAACGUCUGGCUGUUCAUGCUGACCUCCGCAGGUUUAAAAUCUUCUCCAACCAAUCAGCUCUGGAGUCUCUGGCAUUGAUUCCUUUGCAGGCUCCUCUAAAGACGAUGCUGCAGAUGUCUGUGGUUCCUUUAAUCAACAACUGGACCAAGAGAGGAGUUCGGAUCCCUUUGGCUGAUGGGAUGGAUUUCAUUGAGGAGGUGGUUGAAUAUCACAAUGGUUUUAUCGUGAUCGGAGCUAAUCUUCACUUCAGCAAAGGACUGAGAGAAAUGAUCGCAGGGCGCAUGGAGACAGAACCAGACACCAAUACCAACACUAUCUAGCUCACACACCCACACACACACACACACACACACACACACACACACACACACACACACACACACACACACACACACACACACACACACAACACUGCAUAAAUAUGUAUAUGACACUGAAUCAUAAAUAUAGAGAUAUGUUUAUAAAAAAGACAUACAUCACAGAUGGGUGACAAAUUAAAGGAAAGACUUGAAUAAAUGAGUGGAGAAAAAUAUUUAAUGCUGAUGCGUCCCCAAAGGUGCACUCAAUGGUACAAUUAAGCAGGUAACAAGCAAUCAUGCUGUGUGGCAUGUAUAAAAAUGCUGAACAUACCCAGUUCAUUCUGAUUUUGUAUCACGAUGGCAAGAGGAACAGAUGUAAAUAAUUGAUUGAAGCUCCUGCCGAUUGCAGGAGCUUCAAUCACAAAGGCUGCUCAGCUGGGUAGUGUUCCAAUGGGAGCAGUGUCUAAAGUGACAUCUGCAUUUAGAUCUAUGGGAAAUAUAUCAAUAAAUAGGGUUGGAAACUGUGGUCAUCAGCGCACAUUUGAUGACUGUGAUGCUCAUGAAUUAGUGUCAAUAUGUAAGGAAGAAAGAAGAACAACACAAGAACUGCACUGCAGGACAUGAUCAGACUGUGUAUAUAAACCUUCAGUUGGCAGUUUAUUAGGUCCACCUAGCUAAAAUUAAUGCAGUCUAAUACAACAGUACUGUAAUAAAUCCUUCGUCAUGAAGGUUUUAAUUUUCAGUUUUUACUGAAACUGUGUUAAAGCGGUGUUGAAUCAUUUAUAUCAUCAUUGUGGAAGUUGUAGUUUGUGGUGCUGUUGAAUUGUAUUGUGUUAUGUUGACAGGUGUUUCUAUUAUUUUGUCCAUCCCAUUCAAAUCAAUGAGGGUAGGCUAAACCAUAGUAAUACCUUUCUGUAGGAUGGAAUACAGUUCAACAGCACCACAAACUACAUCAAUAAAAACUGAAUAUUAUAACCCGAUAAAGGAGGACUUAUUACAGGAUUGUUGUUUUAGACUGAAUUAGUUCUAUUGUUCCUAAUAAAAU